CCCGGCAGCGGCAACUCCGCCCCGCCGGGAGCCGCGGCACUUUCACUUUCGGAAGGGACACGUGAUUUCCAGGAAAACGGGAGGGGCGGAUAAAGCAUCGGGAAAGAGGCGGCCGCCCCCAGCGCCGAGGUCACCGCCCGGCACGGCACGGCACGGCACAGCGGCUCUGCGGACGGCGCACCAUGGCAGCGCCGGAGAAGGAGGGGGAACCCCAGAAGCUGCGGUUCGGACCGUGGCUGCUGAGCGCCAUCGACAGCGGGAGCUACCAGGGGCUGCGCUGGAUCGACUCUGCCCACACCAUGUUCCGUGUCCCCUGGAAGCACAACGCCAGGAAAGACAUCACCAGCAGUGACCUGGAGGUCUUCAAGGCCUGGGCAAAGGUCAGUGGGCGGUAUGAGGAAGGCUUCGAGGACCCGGCCAAGUGGAAGACCAACUUCCGCUGUGCCCUGAGCAGCACCCACUUGUUCAAGCUGGAACAGGACAAUUCCAAGUGUGGUGAUGACCCCCACAAGGUCUUCUCCAUUGUCUCAGCCGCCCUCCAGGACAGCAAGGAUGGAGAUUCCAACAUUCCCAACCCUGUGGUGGACCAGAAGGCAGCACAACAGCAGCUGCAGCUGGAGCUCCACCCCCAAGACAUGGCCUCAGCCAUCGCUGUCCCAGAAAGCAUCGACCCCACAGAGCUCCCGAUUCUGGAGCAGCUGCUGCAGCAGUGUGACAUCUCUCCCCAUGACCUUGGCUCGCUGGCCCCAUCCUGGGUGCCCACAGGGGACACUCCCCACCAGGACAUUGUGCUCCAGCCUCACCAGGACACCCUGCUCCAGCCUUACACAGACACCAGCCAAAACAGCUGCUUCCCUCCCAUGACAUUUCCACAGUGGGUGCCCACGGUGGAGCAGCCCACCUUGGACACCUGCCAACCAACGGGCCUCAUGCCACCAGAGGAGACAGGGGCCAUGCCACCGCCAUGCCACCUGACGGAGGGCACGGUCCCCAUGCAGUACGCAGUGGAGGCGACGGUGUUCGUGCCCACCAUCAGUCCCGUGCCACAGCCACGGCCGCUGGUGGAUAACACAGAUGGCAACCUGGAUGUCACCAUCUACUACCGGGGGAAGGAGUCCCACCGGGAGGUGGUGGGGGGCAGCUGCCUGCUGACGUACCAGUGCCCCAGCCUGCCGUGCCCCUGGCACGUGGUGCGCUUCCCCAGCCCCGCCGGCCUGCCCGACAGCAAGCAGCGGCGCAUCACCCAGGAGGUGCUGGGCGUGGUGGGGCUGCAGCUGGAGCAACGCGCCCACAAGGUCUUUGCCACCCGCCGGGAGAAGUGCAAGGUGUUCUGGGCCUUGUCCCAGCAGCUCGAGGGGGUCGAGGAGCCCCCACCUAACCUGCUCUACCGGGACCAGGAAACGCCUAUCUUUGACUUCAAUAAGUUUUGCACAGAGCUGAGGGACUUCCGCAACGGCCAAAGGCGGCGAUCCCCUGACUUCACCAUCUACCUCUGCUUUGGGCAGGCCUUCUCCAAGGCCAAGCCUAAGGAGUCCAAGCUCAUCCUGGUCAAGCUGGUGCCCAAGUUCUGUGAAUACUGGUACGAGCAGGUGCUGCAGGAGGGAGCCUCCUCCCUGGACAGCCACACCAUCAGCCUGCAGCUCUCCAACUCCUUUGACCUCAUGGAGCUCAUCGAGCAGUACAACAUGCAGCUGGGCUGAGCCCUCCUGCCCCGCUCCCCAUGGCCCUGGCACGGGCAGCAGGACUACUGGGCAUCCCAGGCUCUGCAAACCAGCACCCCCCAACCCAAGGACCACUUCAAUGACCAGUCCUGGAGGUCACACUUUGCUUUUCCUCUCUGUCAGCUUCUAGUGGGUGUUUCUGUGGAGUGUGGUAAUUUACAGAUGUAUUUUCUUAAUUUUUCCAAGUCAAAAUAUAUAUAUAUAUAGAAAUACA